GGUGAAAACGCACACACGACCAAGCGCGUCUCGCGUAGGAAAAAAACAAAUCUCGUGCCGCCCGCCGCGUUCCGGGGGGAUCGUAAUUUUUCGACCGCGACACCACAUCGCCGCCGCCGCCGCCGCCACCACUAGUUGAUUCACGUUUUUCGUACCGGACGCGCGCGAGCCCGAACCCACCACCGACCGUAACCGACGCUGCCCGGCCGCCGCCGCCGCCACCGCCACCGUAGUCUGUAGGGUCAAAAUAAUCGCAUCCCAUAUCGCUCGAACGCGUGUGUUCGUCCGUCCGUCCGUCCGCGUCUGUCUCGCGUCACACGCGCCCGCGCCAAAACGUACGCCCAUACCGUACGCCGCCGUCGACGUCGCCGCACGCGCCGCACACAAGGUGCCAGCGUUUUCGCGGUCAGUCGCAAAAUAUUUUAAAUUCACAAUAAUAACAUUAAUAUCACUAUCGCACUAUUCGCAUUCGCGAGCCACAGUAGAAGACGACGAAGAUAAGGAUUUGUCCGGCCGGUUGAGGUACUGGGAACACAUUAUAUUUCCGGAAGAAAUGCAGUUAUGAUCCCACAAGUCAUGCAAGCACUUAUGGUCCUGUGUGCCUUGUUUAUUGCAAGUGCAUCCGCUAUACCAUGUCCCCAUCCGUGCAAAUGUUUCACCACCGAGAAUGGAAUACAAGUAGCUAAUUGUACUGACUUACCGGAUCAAAUGACGACCGCAUGGCCACAAAAAAUUCUUCGAAUUCACUUCGAAACUGAUCGAGCGUCAACGGUUAUGUUGAAAAACAAGGCGUUCAAACACUUCCCUAGGCUUACGUAUCUAGAUAUAACUGGAGGUACAAUACACUACGUGGGAAAUUUGGCAUUUGAUGGGUUGCCGGAAUUAGUGGAACUUAAUCUUGUAGGAACGGGUAUAAGAAAACUACACCCAAAUACAUUUUCAAACAACCGGAAACUGGCAUUCUUGUCCUUAAGUAAAAAUCCUAGACUCUUUGUAGGCCCUUCAUUCCUCGUAUCUGAAUCUAUAACUGAGCUCGACUUAUCAGAAUGCGCGUUGACCACACUGAAAAGUGUAUAUUUCAAAAGUUUACCCAAUUUAAAAUACUUGUUUGCUACAAAAAAUGAUCUCAAAGUACUCGGUUCACAAUUUGGACCUUCCGGUGUCAAGUUUGUAAACCUUGCCCAUAACAAAAUUGAAUAUAUUUACGAGGAUUUGGAAGCAUAUAAACGUUUAAGAACAAUAGAUCUUACUGGAAAUCCAGUUAACUGUACGUGCGAACUUUCGGAAAUCGAUAAAAAAUUGUCAUCUAGGGGCGUAGCAUUUGGAAAUUCAAUAACGUGUAAUAAUACAGGAAAACCAUUGAGUGAUAUGUUAGAAGUAUGUUCAGACAAAGAAAUGAUGGGAGAUGACCCCAUGGAUAUGUACCAAGAAGAUCAUUUAUUAAAAAUUGAUAAAAGUACAAUACAAUCUGUGGAAGAAUUUGAUGAAUCUGGUUCGGGUUCAGGUAGCGGUGACGGUGAAAUUAUUAUGACAGACAUUAAAUCUACAGCACAAACUGAAAUUAAAGAUAUACACAAUAAUACACAAAUUAAUGAAGUAAAAAAUAAUACACAAGUUGAAGAAGUAUUCACCAAAACUCAUGUCGAUGAAACAUUUAUAGUUCCUAAAAUCGAAACGACUUCGGUAGAACCCACUACCGCCGUGGACGUAUCGUCUAAAGAUACAGCGGACGAAACUACCAUCCUCCCGACUGAGGAAGUAAUGGUUCAUAUCCAACCCACAGUUCAUCCUUCUGAUAGCAAUUCCUCCACUAUGCGAUCUAGCAUGGACCGUGGAAUUGUCUCCCAAACGAUACAAGCGCCGGAAGACGAAGAAAAUGUCCAGAACAAAGUAGCCGAGUUCCUAAAAUCUAAUGUUGGAAUAACAGGAACAGCGGCCAUAUUAGCAAUAAUCAUUAUAGCUAUCGUAUACAAGGCUGUGUGCUUGGGAAAAUCACGGAGUCACAGUAUCGUGGCCUGCAAUGAUAAAUCCGUCGAGCUCAAAGAUAUAAAAUACGAAGCGGCAAACACGGAGGACACGCACAACCAACACGAAGAUUCACCGGCUAGUUCGGUGGAAGAUAACUUGCUGGGAGACCAAGAUAGUGAUGACGAAGACGACAGUAACGGAUAUAACGAAGACGAUAUGUCUUCAACACUGGCAAUGAAUGGUCAUACUCAAAACGGUUUGUUGAGCAGUGUAAUGGAUGCGGUGAAAAACAACGAAGAACCAGCGAAGACUGCGUCCGGCGGCCAAGACGUUCCUACCAAAGUAAUAGUAAAAAUGUGUGAAACUCCAAAAGCCUCCAAGCCAAUUACAAUUAAUAACGUCCAUUAAGAAGUACUCAACAACGCGAAGUAGCUCCUAUAUUAUUGGACGACAUCGAAAAAAACAUAUCCAUAUGUAAAAUUCGUAGCAUAAUGUAUGUUUACCAUUUAAAUGUAUUAACUGUGCCCCGUGUACAAUUUAAGUUUUAACAGACCAUUUUAAAAUAAACUAUGUCUACACAACAAAAUUAAAAUGAUACGAAUCAAAACUCUGGUGUAUAAUAAUAGUAAACUAUUGUUGGGUUUAACGGUUAACUUUGUUCCAAGGUGUCAUUGUUGUUGUAUACAUCGACGGUUCAAUUUACAUUUGUAUCGUCGCCAACCUAGUAGGUACGUCAUCCAGUAAAUUUUAACAUAUUUUGUUUAGUUGUAUAAUAUGAUUAUAUUUUUGUCAUUAAGCCUUUGCCUAGUUAAAAAUUAUACUAUACAAUAUUCAUAUUUUUAGAGGUUCAAAACACUGUAAAUGUACAUUUUGCUUAAAUAUUUAAUAUUAUUUUAUUUAUUGUUUUUUCUACUAUUUAUUUUUUAAUGAUCUGUAACUUAUGUUAAAUUUUAAUGUAAAUUGUUUUUAAUGUAGGUUUAUAAACUACGAUUAUUUGUUUUUUUUUUUUGUAAAUAAAUAAUUAUUAUUAAAUUUUACAGGUUUCCAAAUUAAAUCAAUAAUGAAAAAACUAUUUUAAACUGUUUUAAAAGUACUUAAGUAAUAUAUUUUUUUAAGAAGUUGUGUGACUAUUUAAAUAAGAAUUUCAACAUAACGAUCGUCGACUUGAUCACUGAUUUUUUAUAUUAGUGUUUACCAGGGUUAGGAGCUUAGUACACCAUACCUAUGACGGUGCAUUAUGUGUGUUGACUGUAUAUAAAUAUAUUAUUAUAUACUUUUAAAAACAUAAUAGGCUGCAGGAAAGUCUAUUUAACAAUAACGUUUGCAGUCGUGUGGCAUAAUAUGUCUGUACUUUAUUUUGAAUACAGUUUUAAACAAGUGCCUACAACCCUUACAAAACACGUAUUAAGUUCCAAACCCUGAAUUUAUAAUACCGAUGUACGGCAAAUAAAUGAUGAUCAAAUAAUAACCAAAAUUAUUGUUCGGUUUAGUGUUAUUUAAUGUCCAAAAUAACGUAUAAUAAUAUAUAAUUUAUUUUUAUUAUUCAUUUA